GCUCAGUCAGACGCCGCCAAACGAUGGGAGUGCAGUGAACGCUCCGUAGGAAACUACUCGUACAUAAGGCAGUUCAAAUCAUUGCUCGAAAAGUUAGUUAUUAAUGGAGCUAUUAAAAUUUUCCCCUCCUUUUGCGACUGGGACGUUGUGAACUUGAAGAGUCUUUCGCAAAUCCUGGCUGACCCUGAGAUCGUCGCAAAUUCUGGCUGAUAACAAGUGACUAAGAACGCAAUACUAUACUGUAUACAUUUUACAGACCAACAAAUUUGAUUUUAAAAAUAUCGUAUUCACAAGAUCAUAAUGUUAUUUCAACCAACGAUCUUUUCCCAACGAGAAAUUUUCACCUUUACCUUCGUGAACAUAGUUUUAAGUUUAUCAGCUACAGCUGUACUUUCAAAAUUCGCCGAAAAAAAUAAUUAUGAUCCCUUGAUAUACGUUUUUAUCUCAGCAAGAAAUAAGGAACUAGCUCUGCCUUACUUCUUGUCUUAUUUCGAUAACCUGGACUACCCUCCUAGUCGCAUGAUAUUGCAUGUUCGUGCCGAUCACUGCGCCGACAGAACCAUCGACAUUCUAGAGGAAUGGAUCACCCACGCAGUACGGAAGUAUCGAGAAAUUGAUACUAAAUUUGUUCGAACUCCUGAACGGUAUGAAAAAUCACACAAAGGUUCUCAGUUCGAGAAAGACGAAGCCAUCAUUUCGCACAUGAUUGAGUUAAAAAUGGAAGCUAUGUCACGAGCAAGAAAAAAGUUUGCAAAUUACAUUUUAUUUUUUGAUUCAGAUGUCUUCUUGACUGAUAGCAAAGUAAUAAGCAAGCUUAUAAAAUUUAACCCCACUAUCACGGCGCCAAUGUUAACUUCAUCUUCUAGGCACUCGAACUUUUGGGCUGGAAUGAACGACGAUUUUUACUUGGAAUAUUCAAACGAAUACGAUGAGAUCUUGACGAGAACACAAGGUGGCUGCUUCGAAGUUGCCUUGGUCCACUCGUGCGUUCUCGUGAAACUUACCGACCCUAAAAUAGAUCUUAUUACUUUUGAUCCCACAGAAAUCGAAAUUCAAAACCUACCUUACGAUGACAUCAUAACGUUUUCGGUCUCCGCAAGAAGAGCAGGCCUCGGUAGCUACAUUUGUAACGAAGACGAGUAUGGGUUUCUAGAAUACCCCCGUCCGUCCGGAGACCCUUUUGACGUUGGUCAACGUCUAAUUAACGACCUAGUGAUCGAUUCUUUUCGUGGAAAUAAAUAUUUAGCAGUCAGCCAGCCCUUUAAUAAAUACAUAACUACUAACGGGACUUUAGACACAGCUGGUCUAUCACAAAUAUAUUACAUAAACUUGGAUCGUCGGCCUGGCAGAAGAGAUGUCAUCGAAAAGAUGUUGGGACUUGCUGGCUUGAAAGCCCAGCGAGUGCAAGGGGUUGAUGGCAAAACACUGACAGAAGAGCGCAUGCGUCAAAUGGGAGUGAAAAAGGUUGAAGGAUAUCUGGAUUCAUUUCAUAAACGUCCCAUUACUAAUGGCGAGAUAGGAUGUCUCAUCAGUCAUCAUAAUAUUUGGAAAGACGUCAUCAAAAAUGAUUAUUCGCAGGUUUUGAUUCUGGAAGACGAUGCUCAACUACAUCCAAAUUUUAAAGGAAAUCUGAAACAGCUUCUUCAGGAAAUCAAAUGUAUAGAAUGGGAUCUCAUUUUCUUGGGAUAUAAGUUUGUGUACCAAGAAGGCUAUCACACCGAACAAGUUGGCGAUAUUCGUAGCCUGCAAACGGCAGACUACGUCUACUGGGCGGUAGGCUACCUGCUCUCUGGCACCGGUGCCGAAAAACUAGUCGCUGCCAACCCGCUGGCUCACGCGCUGCCCGUCGACGAGUUCUUGCCUAUAAUGUAUGACCGAACCGACCUGAUAAAAUGGAAACAUUUAUUCCCUAAACGAGAUCUACGGGCUUUCAUUCAUAAUCCGCCACUCCUGGUGCAGAGGUUCUACAAGCUGGACAACGGUCUAUACGUGAGUGACACCGAAGAAACGGACGUUCAAGAAUCACAAGUACAAAUCUCAAACCUAAAAAAAUACGAGUCAGCCAAAAAUGCACGUGAGAAACUGGCAGGACCAAUUGGCGACGACGGUAAAAUGGAAGAACUGAGCUUCUCGAACGAACGAAAUAAAACUACAGGGUUAGCAUGGAUUUGAUUUUUGAGACUUGAAGGCAAAUAAGGGUAGAUCAUCAAUUAAUCUUGUAUUAAGUGACAAUUCACUUUCCAAUCAACAGCUCCAAACCGAGCGAUCGUAAUUUAGAAGGACGAUGCUAAAAAAUACGCGAGUUGUGUUUUUUUUUUUUUUUGCAUCCAUAUCGUGACGUAACAGCGUGGUGAUAUGACACGUCCACGCUUCGAAGCGCAUUAUUUUACGAUAAAUGGCUCGAAUUUCCAGAUCAUUCAAUCACUUUCGGUAAGAAAAUGGGUCCUUAUGCGGAUUCAUCAUAAAUCGGCGUAGGUACUUGAUGUAAAAAUGUAACCCUUUGCUUCAGAAAAUAUCUUAAAAUUAUUUUCAGCAGAUAUAAAUCAAGAAGCUCCGUUGUAUUUUGGAAGACGCAAGAUCAAUCCAAUACACUGAUACUAAAUCAGAACUGCGAUACUGGAAAAAAAGUUCAUGCAGUCCACCACAAGAAAGAUCUCUUGGCAAUACAAAUUCGCUAGCUGGAGCGCUCACUCCAAGGCCAGGUGUAAACUAUUGUAUGAGGUCAAGAUGGCGACGCGCAACAAAUAAUUUUAUGCAUUGACUUUAUAUUCUAUAAAAAUACAAAUAUUAAUACAUCAAUUUCAGUUACUAAUGAGAAAUGCAAUAAUGAAUUUCCACAGUCACGUAUGACACAUGAAGUACCGUAAUUCAUCAAGUUUUCGACAGAUGAAAGUUGAAUAUCAUCAAGGGCCUUCAACACUGAACGAGUCUUAAAAAGAAACAAGCGUCCAUCAACUAAUUCAUCAAAUUAUAUCGAUCGAAUUCAACAACGCCAUAAAUCAUCGAGAACAUGAUCUUUAUGCAGACAAUUACCCCGAUAAAGAUAGUUAUUUUUUAGAACCUGUAGUACUGCUAACAGCAGAGAUGUAAAUUAACGAUACCUCACUUUUAGGCUGUGCUCUUAAUGGUUAGAAAUGACCAUGAUUUCGAGUACCAAAAAUAUACCAAGAUCAGAAAUAUUGUUCAAUAAACAACAAUUACAUAUUCUAAACUUAGAUUGGAAUAAUAAUACAGUCUAAGAGAAAUUCAUUAGCCAUGGAAGCAUGAGAUAGGAUACUGAAGGAUCCGUCGGAUGUGAGCGAUACAUAAAUUCAUAAAACUAAUUUUUGUCCAUUGUGCUAAUGCCACCUCAAAUCAUUACGGACGAAUUCGUUUAAACGUCAGCAAUAAUCAAAACUAGCAUGCAGUCGUCAACGCGUUACGAUAACGACUCUGAAUGUCAACUGUCCUACAAGACCAACUCGUUCCUUUACGCUAAUGCUAUAUCUGCACACAGUCACCAUUUCCGAUAGUCGAUGAAUAUUAACAUGCAUCAGUAAUUUGUAAUAAAUCAUUAUUUUAGACAGUCAAUGACAUGCGCAGAUAAUCUUAAACAAGCUUUCUUUAACCUAGAAAUGUUGCACCAAAUUGGUGACGAAUUGUUUCGAAUUACAUUCAGUAUAUGAAUUAGAGAGAAUCUGAGGCGUUACAAGCUAAAAUAACAGAACGAAGCAUAAAAAAAUUACCAUAGCACAACCGCAAAUCAAUUAAACACUCAAAAGC